AUGAAAGCUAUUUUCUUUAUUCUUUUGAUCGCAGUUGUUUUCGUUGCAAUGGAAGCAUCUGCAGAACAUCUCGUUGGAGAUGAAUCAAUGAAUCUUGUCUCGAAUCAUGGAAUGAUUGAAACCUUGGAGAGAAAAAAGGAAUUCCGAUUAAACAUGAUUAUGACAAUCGAUAACGAAGAAGACAAAAACGAUCAAAAGAACUGCAACAGCGAUUUUCAUGUUGAAUGUUUUAGUUCGAAUUUCGUUGCAAAUAAUAAAAUGUGA